AUGUCAUUCUCCUUUGGCUUCGCCGGGGCCGACAUAGACUCGGCGGAGACUCGGCAGCCCGCCGCCCGCAGGGCGGCGGCGGCCUCGACAGCUGGCGCAUUUCCCGUCCCCGGAGAGCCUCAGCUGCCCGCCGCAUGCCAUGACAUUGGUCAGAUGCUCGCCGCGAUGCCCUCCAAGAUCGCGUACAGCCUGCUGGACGUGACCCUCGAUGACGGAAGCGUCGUGCGGCUGCCCCGCCGCGAGCUUUGGGAUGUGCGGGUGCAGCUCAUGGCGGAAGAGGAGGAGGACGCGGAGCACAGCGUCCACGCCGACGGCUCCGGCCUGGGCGCCCAUGAUGUCAAGACGGGCGUGUAUGAGGGUGGGUUCAAGAGCUGGGAGAGCAGCGUAGACUUGGUCAAAGUGCUGGCUGCGCAGGGUAAAGUGUCUGCUGCUGAACAUCUGCCGAUGAGAAUUAUAGAGUUUGGCUGCGGAACGGCCUUGCCCUCCGUUUCCCUCUUCCAAUGGACAAUAGAGGCCACCACGCCAACAACUGCCGCAACCCGCCAGCCAACAUCCUUUGUUGUAGCAGACUACAACCCUACCGUCGUGCAGCUCGUCACGCUGCCCAACUUCAUUCUCGCAUGGGCUCUUUCCACCCGUGAACACACACCUGCCUUACGCAACGCCUUCUCCAUCGACGACGAGCUGGAGCUUCUCCCUGAGGUGGUUGCGGCGUUCCAGUCCUACCUCAUCGCUAACCGCAUUUCUCUUACAUUCCUCUCUGGAGCGUGGUCCCCCGAGUUUAUUGAGCUCGUUUAUAGCAUCAUCCCCGAUGACGCGACUGGCUCGGGUGCUGCCGCUGCCACAUUGUUACUCGGCGCAGAAACAAUUUACUCGCCGUUUGCGCUGCAGGCAUUUACGGAAGCUACGUUUUCAAUAUUGCGACGAGAAAAGUCGAAGCAAAACGCAUCGCCGGCGGUCGCGCUGGUGGCUGCCAAAAGGCUGUAUUUCGGUGUUGGGGGCUCCUUGGAUGACUUUGUUGAACAGGCGCGCAGUCGUGGGAGCGAGGUCAUAACUUUGCGUGAAGAAUCGGACGGCGUGCGACGUGGCGUUGUAAAAUGCACCUUGCCAGAGUAG